AUGUCCAAGAGCACAUUGAACGAUCGCGUGGAUACGGCUAAGGAUGAUGAUGAAUUGGAUGGAAUUGACAAAAUGGCUUAUACCUUUGACGAAUGGUGUUUUGCAGCCAUGGAUGGCAUUGGAGUACUCAAGUCAUAUUAUGCAGCGACGGAUUUGGGAUCAUGGACAAACGAGGUUUAUGACGGCAGCAACCAAGAAUGCAAUGACACCAUCAUCCCUGUGGCCUCUAUGUGA